CUGACCUCUGCAUUUAGAGCCCUGCCUAGGCCCUGACACAGCUCUUGGGAGGAACUUCCUGUCACUUGGUGAGGAGUGAUCAGGUUCCUUGGGCAGCCAGACAGAAUCCAUUCCUGUGUUUGUGCGGAGACAGGAUAGCUGCCAAAGAGCCUGUCAGGAGCUGAAAACCUCUGAAGCCCUAAAGGGGACAUUUUUCCUGCCUGAGGGUGAGGACGGUCAUGCGGAGAUGGAGGGCAGCGGGCGUGGCGUCCUGGCCGUGCUGGGCAUCCUGGCUGCGCUGACAGCUUUUGGAUCCAGCUAUCAAAUCCUAGAAGGGCCCCAGAAUGCAACAGUCCUGAAGGGCUCGGAGGCUCGCUUCAACUGCACCGUGUCCUCAGGCUGGAAGCUCAUCAUGUGGGCUCUCAAAGGCACAGUGGUCCUGAGCAUCACACCCCGGGAGCCCAUCAUCACCAACGACCGCUUCACCUCUGCCAGUUAUGACCUGGAUGGGAACUUCAUCUCCGAGAUGGUCAUCCACGACGUGCAGCCCAGCGACUCGGGGCCCGUGAGAUGCAGCCUCCAGAACAGCGACCUGGCCGGAUCCGCUUUCCUCUCCGUCCAAGUUGUGGGCUCCUUGCACAUCCUCGGUGACAGUCUGGUAGUUACUGAGGAUGAACCUUGUAAUAUCACUUGCCAAGCGCUGGGCUGGACCCCGGCCCCGGAUAUGACCUGGGAGCUCGGUGUCCCCGCGAGCCAUUCCAGCUACUCCUCCUUUCUGGAGCCUGGCGACCUUCCACGUGCGGUGAGCGUCCUGGCUCUCACGCCGCAGGGCGACGGGACGCUGACUUGUGUGGCCAAGCUGAAGGGUCUGCAGGCCAGCAAGUCCGUAACUGUAAACCUUACUGUGGUUCAGCCUCCACCAGACAGUAUUGAUAAGCCAAGUACUUCAUUGCCUACCUGGGCCAUAGUUCUACUUGCAGUAUCACUUUCAUUGCUUUUGAUCCUGAUCAUUGUUCUGAUUAUAAUAUUCUGCUGCUGUUGUGUCUCCGAGAAAGAGAAAAAAGAAUCUAGCUAUCAAAAUGAAAUAAGGAAAUCCCCACAUGUGAAGAUGAACACAGGAGCUCAUGAGACAAAGCCAAACGGUGGGAACGAAAACUACGGCUACAGCUUGGAGGAGCCACGCAGCGCAGAUCACUUUGCUGUCCCUCCUAAGUCCAGCGAAUUGAGUAUUCCAGCACAGCGUGGCAGCAGACCUCCCCAGAAGGAAGUAGAGAAACAUCGGUCCAACCCAGCAAGCCGUCCACAGGUUUCUUUCAACGUCACCGGUCCUCAGAAGGUCAGGAAUGCGACUCUAGUAUAGUACAGACUCUCGCUGUGCUGCUGAUUCACACCGUGGUGACCACGGCGUUCCCUCCGCCCCAGGCCCCAGCUUUGUCCACACUGCUGAUGGGGCCAUGUUGGAGCCACUGGAACUUCAGUUGAAUUUGACUUUUAAAAUGUGUCAUGGUUUUAGUGAAUUCCUUAAAGUACAACCUGCCAAUUUACCCUGAUGAUGUCUCUCAUCACCCGACACUCCUGCUUGCUAAUUCAAUAAAUGGUA